AUGUCAUGCAAUAAUGCCAGCGAUACUACAUACAGAGGAGAAAACGAGGGAGCAGAGCUAGACCAAGAUGGUUUAAAAGCUGGUAGCAGCAGUGUAUCGAUGAAUGAAACAUCUGGAGACGAAUCAACAACUAAAACAUUAUCAUACAAAUCAUAUUUUUGUGAUUCAAGUUCUGUUUUUUACGAUCCAGACAUUUGUACUGAUUUUUCAACCACAAGAAUUAAUAUAAUCGACAGAAGUUUGACAUCUCUGCCAAAGGGAAUAUUCAAUGGAUUAAAAUCUCUGACAGUGUUAAAUUUACAAUCAAAUAAACUGACCAACAUUAAACCUAAUACUUUCAAAAACUUGUCGAAUCUCAAGGAUUUAAAUAUCAGUAAUAAUGUUUUAACAUCCUUGUCACAAGAAGUAUUCAAUGGAUUGGAAUCUCUAACUGAUUUAAAUUUAGAAUCAAAUGAACUGACAAGUCUUGAGCUUCAUAUUUUCAAUAAUUUGUCGAAUCUUAGGCGUUUAAAUAUCAAUUAUAAUAGUUUAACAUCUCUUUCACAAAAAGUAUUCAAUGGAUUGGAAUCUCUAAUACUGUUAAAGUUACAAUCGAAUAACUUGACAAGUCUAGAGCCUAAUAUUUUCAAAAACUUGUCGAAUCUCAAGACCUUAGAUAUCGCCAAUAAUAAUUUAACAUCUCUUUCACAAGAAGUGUUCAAUGGAUUAGAAUCUCUAGGUUUUUUGGCUUUGAGUGGCUCAAUGCUGAAAAUAAUAAAUCUAAUCUACCAAAAACGAUAA